AUGGCUCUGGAGGCCUCCUUGGCUGAGCUGCAUGCAGCGGCCCGCUGCCCAGUGUGCCAGGACUUCCUGAAGGAGCCCAUGACCCUGAGCUGUGGCCACAACUGCUGUGGUUCAUGCCUGCAGCAACACUGGAGGAACCUGCAGGGCGUCCUGCCCUGCCCCGUGUGCCUACACCCCUGCAGACAUUGGCACCCCCAGAAGAACAUGCAGCUGGGGCAAGUGGCUGACCUGGUCCAGCAGAUUCUAUGCAUGAGGGACGAUCUGGAGCUGCUGUGUGGCCAGUGCGCUGCCUCCCCUGACCACCAGGCUCAUGUCCUGACUCCCAUCACACAAGCUGCCGCUCAUCACAAGGAAAAGCUCAAGAGCUGCCUGGAGCAUCUGGGGAAGCAGUUGGAGGAGGCAGAAAGGGCCUUGGCCAGGCAAGAGUCGGAGAAACAAGCCCUGAAAGAGAAAGUGCAGCGCCAAAGUCAUCAGUUCCACCGCGAGACUGAGCACUUCAAGUACCACUUGCAAGAUGCACUGAAAGACAUUGAUUCGGGUGCCCACUCGGAAAUGGGGUUCAUUACAGAUGCGCUCAGGAAGAACCAGAUGGAUCUGUCUGACUAUGCGGCCACGCUGGGCAGCCUGCUGAGAGAUGCCACUCGGCAAAGUCUGCAGACAGACCUGGGUCUCCUGCUGCAGGUGGAGCAGGUCCACCAGCUGAGCAGCAGGUUGGAAAGUCUGCAGUUCCCAGCAGUCUACUCGGCCCAGAUCCCCAAGGAGAACCUCGCUGUCCUUCCGCAUUACAUGGGCCUGCACAACCUCAUCACCAAGUUUCAGGAGCACAUGACCUUCGAUCCUGAGACCGCUCACCCCAGCCUCGACAUCUCCCCAGAUCGGCGAACCGUGGCCUUUUCCUUAGAAAACAGGCCAUGUCCCUCUGCCUUUCAUCCCCGGGCCUUCACCUCCUCCUACACGGCCAUCCUGGGAUCACAGGGCUUCAAUUCUGGCCGGCAUUUCUGGCAGGUGGAAAUCCGGGGUACUGGGAUGUGGUCUAUAGGUGUCUGCAAAGACUCCUACCCCAGAAACCUCCUCAUGAGUCAGUGUUGGGCCUUCGGGAUGUACUUCUCCCAGGAACCCCAGGAAACCCCGAGCCACAUUGGCGUUUUCCUGGACUUGGAGCUGGGGCAGAUUUCCUUUUACAGCUUGAGGAGCAGAGCUCACCUUCAUACCAUCACCACCCCCUUUCAAGAAAAGCUCUGGCCCUAUUUCUUCCUCUCCGGGAGGACCUUGAACUUUUCCAUGACACUCGUAUAA